AUGGGGCCCCUGGAAGCAGUAGGCAAAGAAAACCAGACAGAUGAAAUGAAAGUGGAGCUGUUCACCAAACUGUACUUGCCAAGAUACACCACACCGCUCAACGAAUUGGCUCUGGACCCUAAACCAGAACUGAAGGACAGCACAACGCUAGUUGAAGUGCAGAUAAUCCUCAUCUUCGCUUACUGCUCCAUCAUCCUGCUGGGGGUGAUCGGAAACUCCCUCGUGAUCCACGUGAUCAUCAAGUUCAAAAGCAUGCGGACAGUCACUAACUUCUUCAUUGCCAACCUGGCUGUGGCUGACCUGCUGGUGAAUACAUUGUGCCUGCCCUUCACUUUGGUUUACACGCUGUUGGGCGAAUGGAAACUGGGCCCGGUCUUGUGCCACCUGGUGCCUUACGCCCAGGCUCUUGCUGUGCACGUGUCUACUGUUACUUUGACUGUGAUCGCUUUGGAUCGGCACCGCUGCAUCGUCUACCACUUGGAAAGCAAAAUCUCUAAGCGGAUCAGCUUCCUGAUUAUAGGAGUUGCCUGGGCAGUCAGUGCCCUGUUGGCAAGUCCUCUGGCCAUCUUCCGUGAGUACUCGCUGAUUGAGAUCAUUCCUGACUUCAAGAUUGUGGUCUGCUCUGAGAAGUGGCCAGGGGAAGGGCAGCUCAACUACGGCACCGUCUACAGCAUCUCCAUGCUCCUGAUCCAGUACGUGCUGCCUCUGGCAGUCAUCUCCUAUGCCUACGCUCGUAUUUGGACCAAGCUCAAGAACCACGUUAGUCCUGGGGCGGGGAAUGACCACUACCACCACCGGCGGCGGAAAACCACCAAGAUGCUGGUGUGUGUGGUUGUGGUGUUCGCUGUCAGCUGGCUGCCAUUUCACACCUUCCAGCUAGUCAGUGACAUUGACAGUCAGGUGUUAGACCUGAAAGAGUACAAACUGAUCUACACAGUGUUUCAUGUCAUUGCCAUGUGCUCAACGUUUGCUAACCCCCUUCUCUAUGGCUGGAUGAAUAACAACUACAGGACGGCCUUCCUCACGGCCUUCCAGUGCGAACAGCGGCUGGACUCCAUCCACCCUGAAGUAUCAGCAGCUUUCAAAACCAGGAAGAAACUAGAAGCAAAGAGGAUUCAAUUCCCUGGAGACUCUUUCACACAACCUACCAAUGUCUAA